AUUUCCAUAUUUGUGUCAGAAAGUGUUCGUUAAGUGAUAACUAGUGUUAAAUAAAGUAGUAAUCAAGUUAUUAAACAGGUAUUUGCAGACUCCGAAUGUUAUCGAACUGAUAUACCGUGUCAUUUAGUGAACGCAAGCGCACGUGAACAGACGGCUCGUCGGCAACGAAAGAUGAAUGGGAGCAAGAUAAAGUGAUUAUCACCAAAGAUACGACAGUGGCUUAUUUUCAAUAGAGAAUUAUUAUAGCAGUACAACUUUAUAACCUAUUUACGAAAUUUUUGAUAAGUGACAUUUUGAUAUUUUAAAUUUAGAAGUGUUUUUUUUUAAUCACAAGUGCAUUAUUUGGAGCAAAAGACACAAUGUCCACACUGCCAGAGAAGUUAUUGACAAAUCCUUGCGAGCCGGUGCAAUCGGCAUUGUGUUUUCAUAGCGACAAACCGUCAAAAACCAUAGACACUUCUGGUGGUACGAGUAUAAUGGAUGGUUUGUCUCUGGAACCACCUGGCAGUAGAUACAGAGUGUAUUACUCAAGAUGGUUGAUAUUAUGUCUGUUUGUGUUAUUUUCAACGUCGAACUCGAUGCAAUGGACGCAGUACGCGAUCAUUCAGGAUAUAGUGGUGAACUAUUACGGUGUGCCCAGUACAUUGGUGUCGUGGACUUCUAUGGUGUAUAUGGUGACGUACAUACCAUUGAUAUUUCCCGCAAGUUGGCUGCUGGAUAAGACGGGUCUUCGCGUAACUACCAUAAUCGGUAUCUGCGGAACAUGUACCGGCUCGUGGCUCAAGGUGUUCUCAGUGCCGCAAGACAUGUUCUGGUUAGGUUUCACCGGUCAGACUGUGGUGGCCAUCUCCCAAGUGUUCAUCUUGAACGUACCACCGCGUCUGGCGGCUGUGUGGUUCGGUGCCGAUCAGGUGUCCUCCGCCUGCAGCAUCGGUGUGUUUGGUAAUCAGCUUGGCGUCGCAGUCGGAUUUUUCCUGCCACCAAUGUUGGUGCGAUCUCAAGGCACCAUCGAGGAGAUAGGCGCCGACCUGCAGCUGAUGUUCUACAUCGUGGCAGGCUUCACCAGCGUGCUCUUCGUCCUCAUCCUUCUAUUCUUCAAAGCGGCGCCCCCCACUCCGCCGUCGGCCGCCGCUGACCUCGGCUCAAGCUUAGACUCCAACUUCCUGCAGUCUAUAAAGAAGCUGCUAACCAACAGGAACUAUGUUCUGCUGCUCAUCUCGUAUGGUCUGAACGUGGGAGUGUUCUACGCUAUAUCAACUCUUCUGAAUCAGCUGGUUCUUACGUAUUAUCCGGGAGCAAACGAAGAUGCAGGAAGAAUAGGGCUGGUGAUCGUGGUAGCUGGUAUGAUCGGAUCCGUCGUGUGCGGUCUGAUCCUGGACAAGACGCACAGGUUCAAGGAGACAACCCUCGCCGUGUAUGCUGCCUCCGUUGUGGGCAUGAUCAUCUUCACGUUUACCCUCGACUGCGGUAUUAUUGGAGUGGUGUACCUUAGCAGUAUUUUACUUGGGUUCUUCAUGACAGGUUACCUACCGGUCGGGUUUGAGUUCGCCUCCGAAGUGACAUACCCUGAGCCCGAAGGCACCACGUCAGGGAUUCUGAAUGCUGUUGUUCAGGCAUUUGGUAUUUGCCUCACUCUGGCAUACGAGUGGAUGCUGGGCAAUAUAGGUGACCGCUGGUCCAAUCUGACGCUGUGUGCCAUCCUGGCGGUCGGCACAGUCAUCACCGCCUGCAUCCGCUCCGACCUACGGCGACAGGCCGCACAGAACAAAGGAUAAACCACCUUAUUAUCUACACUUUAGAGUUGUUUCAACAGGGAUAUGUUGCGGUUAAAUAGCAAAUUCAACGUGCACUAGUAUGGUUGUGUGUGUGAAUGGAUAUAACCUAUUUAUUUUGAUGUUUUUUGUCCGAAGGAUAAACCACCUUAUUACAUACACCGUAGAGUUGUUUCAACAGGGAUAUGUUGUGGUUAAAUAGCAAAUUCAACCUACUGCAUAUGGUUGUGUGUGAAUGGAUAUAACCUAUUUAUUUUUAUGUUUAU